UUUGCCGCCUGUCCCCGCAUGCGGAGCGGCCCCAGCUCCCGGACCCCUCUACAUCCCCCCGCUGCAAAGCUACAGAGUCGCUGUUCGCAGCUCCCCAGCCACUGAGGCCUGGUUUUGCAGUUGCGGAGGGGGACAGAUCCGAUCUGGGCCACAAGUACAAGAUCAUAAGCUUUUCAGGGACGGGACUGUCUCUUACUAUGUGUUUGUAAAGCACCUAGAACAAUGGGGCGUCUAGACACUGCCAUCAUGCAGCAAAGUACGUGUUGAAGGAACUGGACACAGAAUACGUGUAUUAAGGAGCCCCGGUCGCUUAGGAACAGGAAGCCAAAAUGGCGGGUAGCCACAGCAGCAGCAGCUACCAGGCAAUAGAAAAUCAGCUAAAGAUAUGUGGCUUUAAGAGGGAUAUGGAUGUCUCAGUGUUGUACCUUGCUGGACAGGGACUAAAAGAAGUCCCUAAUCUGUCACGAUUUCAGACCUUAAGGUAUUUGUGGCUUAACAACAAUAAGAUCCAGAAGCUAACAUUCUUGAUCAAUAAUUAUCGCUUGACAGAACUCUACCUCAACAAUAAUGAGCUCACAGAUAUAGCAGGGGCUCUGAAACAUUUGCAUGCAUUGCAGAUCUUGUUGCUUCACAACAACCAGCUGAAAAACCUUGACACAACAGUGAAGGAACUAAAGGGAAUGAUAAGUCUGCAGACCCUAAAUCUAUUUCACAACCCUCUGUCACAAGAUCCAGGGUACCGUCUUUAUGUGACAUACUUCCUUUCCUCAGUACAGCACCUCGACAGGAAGAAAGUUACUCAAAAAGAAAGGGAAUCAGCUUUACAUAUUUACAACCAUGAAAGGUCCCGUGUUCUCCAGUCUAUAGGUUUUGGAAAGAGAAUAGAUAUGCCAUUGGUAACUAAGACAGUAUCUACCAGAUGCACUCCAUUUGCCAAAAGUUUGCUGCUGUCUCCAGGUUAUGAAGUUGCAAAUCACAUAAAUAAAGUUCCAUUUGAGAACCCUGAAGAUGCUGUUUUUGUGAGGGCAAUGAAGAGAUCUAUAAUGGAAUUUUCCUCUGUGGACUGGAAUAAAAUACCCACCUGUCUAGGAAUAUGCCUUGAAAACAAACCAGAAGAACCCCAUGAGAAACUGACAGUCAAAUUCAGAUAACUGUUUGGUUCCUUAAGAAAAUAUGUACCUUCAUGUUGGAUAUUAAACUUUUAUUGUAAGUUAAUAUCCAUAAGACAUGUAUGCUAUAACUUAUGCUUGAUUAAAAGAACUUUCAGCAGGAAAAA